GGUCUCCGACCACCACCGCGGUGACUCCCCCGAUCGAUCAACUACCUCGAGGGCACUUUCCUGUGUCUGUAAUUUACUGUAACCUUCUCUAAGGUCGCCGGAGAUCCGUCGGAAAGAGGUCGAGUUGAUGUGGCUAAGCCGGCUCCGAUGUUUGGGAUCUUACGGAAGAACUCAAAAACCGCCAUGGAUGAGUUAUCCAGUGGUAUUCUACUCAGAUUUUUCGGAGAAAAAAGGGAAAGAUGCGCCUUUGCAGGAGACUAGGAUGAGAGAUAGGUUUACACUGUACGCACGCGGCGGUGAAGGUGGCAGUGGUUGUUCCAGCCUCCGACGGAGCCGUGCCGAUCGCUAUGGAAGACCUGAUGGUGGCAAUGGUGGCAGAGGAGGUGAUGUGAUAUUAGAAUGCACACACGCAGUUUGGGAUUUCAGCGGAUUACAACCUCAUGUUAAAGGUGGGAAAGCUGGACAUGGAACUUCCAAGAACAGGAUAGGAAACAGAGGAGAAGACAAGGUCCUACAAGUGCCUAUUGGGACAGUUAUUCAUCUUCAGGAGGGUGAGCUUCCGUGUCAGGUGGAAAAUGAGUCUCCCAAAGAUUUGGAUCCAUGGGAUCUUCCUGGCUCACUGGUUGAGAAUCCUGCCUUUGAGGAGAACCUUGGUGCUCAUCAAGAAACUAUGCCUGAGUCUGUUCAAGUUGAUGAUACUGAGAAAGAGAGUUUGACGAGACAUUUAGGCAUCCCAGAGGAAGAUGAUUUUGAAGACAGCGAAGGAGAGAUUGAUCAAAUCAGGUAUAACGUUGCGGAAUUAACAGAACAAGGUCAGAGAAUAAGCAUUGCUCGUGGUGGUGAAGGCGGUUUGGGUAACGUUUGUGCUACACGUUAUGUAAAAGGCAGCAAGUUUGCUAAAUCCGCUAUCCGUCAAACCAAUUUGAGGAGCAUGGAGGACGAUGCUGAAGAUGAAGAUGAACGGUCAAGUAUUAAAGCCGGCUCGCUCGGUUCUGAGUCUGUUCUGAUAUUAGAACUCAAGAGCAUUGCCGACGUUGGCCUUGUCGGGUUGCCAAACGCAGGGAAAAGCACUCUUCUUGGUGCGCUAUCCCGUGCUAGACCCCGAGUGGGCCACUACGCGUUCACGACACUCCGUCCGAAUUUAGGAAACGUAAACUACGAUGAUUUCUCCAUGACGGUAGCAGAUAUUCCGGGACUUAUAAAAGGAGCUCAUCAGAACCGGGGUCUAGGCCACAACUUUCUCCGCCAUAUAGAACGGACCAAAGUCUUGGCUUACGUUGUGGAUUUAGCAUCGGGGCUAGAUGGUUGCAGAGGAGUGACACCGUGGCAACAACUGAGAGAUUUGGUGAUGGAGCUUGAGUACCAUGAAGAAGGGUUAUCCGAUAGGUCGUCUUUGAUUGUGGCAAAUAAGAUCGAUGAGGAUGGUGCAGACGAGAGAUUGAAAGAACUUGAGAGGAGAGUGAAAGGAGUGAGAAUAUUUCCGGUUUGCGCAGUUCUUGAAGAAGGCGUGGCUGAGCUUAAAGAUGGUCUGAAAAUGCUUGUAGACGGUGACGGUGAAGGAUCAGAGAGAUUGAAAUUGGAGAAUAUCUGUGUUGACUAGUUUUAGUUUUGUAUCUCUUUUGAGUUCAGCUUGUUUCAGUAGAGCAACAAAUUUGUUCUGGUGAACUCGCUCAACUGUUGUAUACAAUGAAUUUUUUUCACAAAAUUUAUAAUUGAAUAUUUCACGUUGUUUAGUAAAA